UUUCCAGACCAGACUCGAUUCUAAAUAGACCUAGUCUUGAUCUUAGAUCUAGUUUGCUUUUUUUUUCCCCCCGUUGGUAUCUUAGGUUGUAUUGCCGGAUUGGCUUUGCGGUUGGAAAUGGCACAUUCGUCGUUAAUCAAGGCUUGGAGUUUUCUACGUUAUAACUCAUUUAAUGGGCAUGCAAUCCUUGCUAUCGGUGAAAUCAAAGGAUUUUCAUUUCGAACGCGCAAGAGUGCUAACUUUUCAACCUCAUUGUCAAGGAAUGUUAAAUUUUGUGCGAGUGUGGAAGAAGCACUUGACGGAAUUCGUGACGGAGAUAAAUUAUUACUUGGAGGAUUUGGAAUUUGUGGAAUCCCAGAUAACCUGAUUAAAGGUCUGCUGAAUAAAGGAACAAAGGACUUAACAAUUGUUAGUAAUACUGCUGGCACUGCUGAUUUUGGCAUUGGUUUACUUCUUAAAGAGCGAAGGAUAAAACACAUGGUUGUAUCGUAUGUAGGAGAAAAUGCAGAAUUUGAAAGUCAGUAUUUGGCUGGAGAAAUUGAAGUUGAAUUGACUCCACAGGGAACACUGGCUGAGAGGAUCAGGGCUGGAGGUGCUGGAAUCACUGCAUUUUUUACACCCACUGGCUAUGGCUCUCUUGUACAUUUGGGAGGUGAGCCUGUUAAAUUUUCACCUGACGGAACAAUUGAGAUCGGCAGUAAAGCUAAGGAGAGUCGUGUGAUUAAAAAUGUGGAAUGUAUACUAGAGGAAGCUAUCACUGGUGACUAUGCUUUAGUAAAAGCAUGGAAAGCAGAUAAAGCAGGGAAUUUAAUAUUUAGACGAUCAGCCAACAACUUUAACCCUCCAAUGUGUAAAGCAGGACAAAUCACUGUUGCUGAGGUUGAGGAAAUAGUCGAGGUUGGUGAGAUAGAACCAGAGAAUGUCCAUGUUCCUCACAUUUAUGUUCAGAGGAUCUUUAAACCGGCUAUCUGCGAUAAACGAAUUGAGAAACUUAGAUUUUCUGACCAGAAAGACAAAAUGAAAGAUGACCCAUCAUACAAAGUGAGAGAAAAAAUUAUUAGACGUGCGGCUUGUGAAUUUCAAGAUGGAAUGUAUUUGAAUCUUGGGAUUGGCAUACCCGUAUUAGCUAGCAACUUUGUUCGACCUGGCAUUAAAGUUUAUUUACAGAGUGAGAAUGGAAUCCUUGGAUUGGGUCCAUUCCCUGAACGAGGUAAAGAAGAUCCCGACUUGAUCAAUGCUGGCAAAGAAACUGUCACUUAUAUUCCUGGAGGAUCCUUUUUCUCAUCAGAUGAGUCUUUUGCAAUGAUUCGUGGAGGCCAUCUGUCUAUGACUAUGUUGGGUGCUAUGCAGGUCUCGCAGUAUGGAGAUAUUGCCAAUUGGAUGGUUCCCGGCAAGAAAAUCAAAGGCAUGGGAGGAGCUAUGGACUUAGUUUCUAACCCUAAGACAAGAGUAGUGGUGACAAUGGAACAUGUAGCAAAGAAUGGAAAACCUAAAAUUCUAAAAGAAUGCAGCUAUCCUCUUACUGGAAUCAGAUGUGUUGAUACUAUUAUAACAAAUAUGGCAGUAUUUAAAGUAAACCACAAGCGUGGUCUUACUUUGGUAGAAAUAGCAGAUGAUGUAACAAUGGAUGAAUUAAAGAAGAAUACUGCAUGUAAUUUUGAGAUUUCUCCAGAUCUGAAACCAAUGCAAAGUGUGUGAUCAACCUGACAUCUGCUGUUUUAUUUGAAUUCACCUUUGAUUUUCAUGAAGAAUGUUUCUUUGAUUUAAAAGAUUACUUGUAUGGUAAAUUAUCUAUUCACAAAACUUUUUGAUUUGGGUAAUUGUUGACUAAGACUGAAUUAUAUAUUUCAUAAAAGAGAAGCUAAUAUGAAAUGUUCUUACUGGUUUGAUUGUCUAUUUCAGUUAUUUCAGUGUCCAUGUAUACCAGAUAAGACUUAUUCGAAAUUAAUAUUUCAAUUAAGUAAUUUAUUUAUUUUUCUUUUUUGCAAGUUAUAAUAUUUUGAAGCUCAUCUCAAUAUUGUUUUCUUGUUUUUCUUGACUGUUUUAACAAAAAAUAGUCCUGAACUCAAUGGGUGGCUGCCACUACAUAUAACUUAGCCUGUUAUUUAUGGGUGAUUGUUUUGAUCUUUUAAGAUCUGUCCAUUUGCUGUUCAGUUUUGUACAGCGACGACUUACAUAUUUAUAGUAUAUACUACUUGAACAUGUGUUUUAUUUUAAUCAGUAGUGCCACUUAAAAUACUCUAUGUGAAUUUUGUGAACUGCUUUUAUUAACUGAUCUGUGCUAUUCCAGCAGAUAUUAUUUGUUUUUAAUAUUAUUCUAUCUAACACCAAAUGCUGUUCAUAAAAGAUGAUGAUAAAGCCUGUUUAAAGAUCUAAAGCAAUGUUACCUGCAUAUUACACAAUGAUACACAAUUUAUCUUUCAAAGUUGUAAAUUAUUAUGGAAUUUUUUUACUUCAUUCAAAAAUGUUUUGACUUUGUUACAUUUCUUUACUUUUCAAUAAAGAUUUUUAUUUAUUCGUAUGUCUACAAAGUUUAAUUAUCAUUUGCUCAGUAAUAAACAAAGUUUACACAUUUUGUAAACUGUCUAUUUCUCAAGAACAAAAAAUGUAUGAAAAGUUUUUUAACUAUCCUACUAAUUGUCUAAUAGGAUAAGCCAUUUCUGAUCACAGCUAAUUGUAAUCAUUUGCCAUUAAUUUUGAUUUGUAGAUUUGAUAUGAUUUACUUUAGUAAAUUUUAUUUCCACCAAGUAUGUUUUGCUCAAAGAUGUGUGAUAUUGAUACAUAGAUAUGUGUGUUGUUCAGUACACUUAACAGAUAUCAUAUCUACUCUUGAAACACAUCUAUCUUUGUCCAUUGUGUUUGUCUCAGAAUGUAGUUACAACAUAAAUUGAACGGAAAUAAAAACAGUUUCAGAAA